UAUGUCAGAUCGAGGCGCAUAUUAUCGGACUCAAACGGCCAUUUUAAAUAUCGGUUGGUACGGUGAGCAGUUGGUAAUCUGCGACCAUCGUUGAUAAAGUUGAGAUAUUUUUAAAAGUCUUCGGUCGUAGAAGAGAAGAAAUACUAUCGAACUACGUCUAUAACUGUUUAUUUAAUAUUUUCCGUGGAUUUCUAUUGAUUUGUGGGUGAUUGAAACAAGGGAGCCAUCGACCAAUUUGUGGUGAAAAGAUGGCUUGUGGAGCAACGCUCAAGAGAAGUCAUGAUUUCGACCCAUUGCAUAGUCCUGGUCAAGGAACGCCAAAGCGAAGAAGGUGUAUGCCAAUGACACUGUCACCAUCAACGCCCCCAACAAAGGCACAUCAGCUCAAUCCAUCCCCAUUUGCAGAUGUGACUCCAAAAUACACUUCAGAACAAAUUGCUGCUAGCAUUAGUUUGGAGAUAAAGAAGAUGCAAAGGAGGCGCCAACUACAAUAUCCAGGUUCUACAAGUCCUCCCCAUCCCUCCAUGGACAUGCCCUCUACCUCUGGCAUGGAGAGCCCAACCUCUUCAAACUCCCAGUCAUCUCUCUAUAACACCCUAUCACCAAGCAAAAAAGAUGUACCUCUUUUCACAUUUAGACAAGUUAGUAUGAUAUGUGAGAGAAUGGUCAAAGACAGAGAAGAUCAGAUCAGAGAAGAAUACAACUCAGUCUUGACAAACAAGGUAGCUGAGCAAUACGAGGCAUUUUUGAAAUUCAACCAUGACCAAUUGCGAAGGAGAUUUGGAGAUGCUCCAAUGAGUUAUGUGUCAUAAGAUUGCUUUCUGAGGUAUGGAUGAUUGGCAGAGUUUGUGAAAAUGUGAAGCUUUUUAUGCAUGCUGGAAGACUUUCUUUGAAAAGAAACCUGUUCAUUUUAUAUGUUGAUUUUGAGCCCACAUUAAGCGGCUUGCUUUUAUUACCAAGCAACAGUGGAAUUGCUUGGACAUGAAACUUCUACAACUUUUACAUAUGACACAAUCUAUACAUGAGGGACUUGUUUGUGUUUGUUGAUAUGGUGGCCAGUGAUCAAGCAAGCCCAUGCUGCUCAGCCUUGUGAUUUGACUUAGCCUUGGUGCUAAACUUGUCAAUAGCAACCUUUUCUUUUGAUUGUAUCAUUGUCAUGGGCAUUCGAUGAUAACAUUGUCAUUAGCACUUUGUGCAACAUGUACAUAGAAAAUUGAGACUUAUGUGUUGGUUGCUCGCUCGUCUGUCAGAAGUGAAUGCAGAGUGAUUGAUGCCAACUGUAGUUUCAAAGUCUGUUGUAGGUAGAUUUAAAAAAAAGUGAAUUUUUAUGUUUUCUUCUGUAUUUUAUUUAAUAUUGGUAACUUAUAUAGCAACUUGUGUAAAUACUUCUUAGAGAAAUUUGCUUAAUAAAGAUGGUUUCAACAGUU